AUGGGAAAAAAGAAAAAGGUUGGAAAAGAGAGAAUAGAUAAAUAUUAUAAGCUAGCCAAAUCAGCAGGAUAUAGAGCUAGAUCAGCAUUUAAGUUAAUUCAAAUAGCAAAAAAAUAUAAUAUAUUUAAAAAUGCAAAUAUAUUAAUAGAUUUAUGUGCCGCACCAGGAGGAUGGUUACAAGUAGCUUAUAAAAAUAUGAACAAAAAUAGUACCAUUAUAGGAGUUGAUUUAAUGCCUAUUCGUAAAAUUGAUAAUAAUGUAAUUACUAUAAAAAGUGAUAUAACUUCAAUUGAAUGUAUAAGAAAAAUUAAAGAUAUAAUAAAAUAUGAAAAAGCAGAUGUUAUACUAAAUGAUGGAGCACCUAAUGUUGGUACGACUUACUCUUAUGAUAGUUUUAAUCAAAAUAUUCUAGUACUUAGUAGUAUAAAAUUAGCUUAUAAAUUUUUAACAAGAGGAGGAAUAUUUAUUACUAAAGUAUUCAGAAAUGAAGAAUAUGUAUCUUUAAUUUGGGUUUUAGAAAAAUUAUUUACUGAAGUUAAACAUAUAAAACCAAGAAGUAGUAGAGAAAUAUCAUCAGAAAUUUAUUUAAUUGGUCUUAACUUUUUAGGAAAUAAAAUUGAUAAAAAAUAUUUUGAUUAUACUUACAUAUUUAGUAAUCAGUUUAGGAAAGAUGAAAAUAAAUUAUCCGACUCUCGAUCAAAAGGUAAAGGAAAUGAUGAGCUAGAAAAUGAUAGUAGUGAAAGUGAUAGUGAUAGUAAUACUACUAAACAAAAAGUAAAGAAAAAAAAAGGAUUAAGUAGUAUUUUAAAAGAGAAAAAAAAAAAAAAUAGACAAGGAUAUGAAGAAGGUGAUGAUUAUAGAACAGCAAAUAUAACUGAUUUUAUAAAUAGUGAUAAUUAUGUUGAGCUAUUAAUAAAAAGUAAUAAAUUUACUUUCGAUAAAAAUUAUAAAAAUUCAUCAGAUUUAUUAAUUAAAAAUACUUAUGAAGCUAUUUAUACAAAUAAAUCAACAAAUAAUGAAAUUUUUAAUCUUUGUAAAGAUCUUAAAGUUUUAGGAAAAUCAGAUCUUUUUCAUCUGAUCAAAUGGAGAUAUAAAAUUAAAAAGUCUGUAACAAAAAUGUUAGUAAACAAUGGAGAAGAAACGCAACAACUUCUAAACAAUGAGGAAGAAAAGACAAAUACUACUUUUGCAAUUAGCAAAGAAGAAAGCACAAUAAGUCCAGAAAAAAUGAAUACCAAAUCAACAGUUUGUGAUGAUAAAUCAGAAGAUGAAUUGAGUAAUUCCUCUGAUGAAGAAUCAGGAAAUGAAAGCAUAAAUGAAUUUUCAAAAUAUAUUGAUAAAAAAGAAAAAAAAUUAAAAAAAAAAAAAUUAAAAAAAUUAAAAAAAGAACUUGAAAAAAAAAAAAUUAAUAAACCACUUAAAAUAGAUUAUGAUGAAAACGAGAUACAUUUUAGUAAAGAUAUGUUAAACUUGUUGAAUAAACAAAAAUUUACAGAUCAUUUAAAUAUACUAAACAGUAGCAAAAGUAAUAAUAAACUCGAUAUUAAUGAAGAGAACUUUUCAGCUAGCGAUGAAGAAAAUGAGGAAGAUAAAAUUGACGAUGAUGAUGAAUUAGGUAGAUUAGAAUAUCUAGUUGAUUUAGAUUAUAAACAACAAAAAAUUAAAGAAAAUCAAAAAAAUAAUGAAAACAAAGAUGAAAAACUAACAAGAAGAAAAAGAGCAAUGGAUUAUAAAAACGAAGAAUUAAUGAAAAUCCAAAAAAUUAUGGAACUUAAAAAUGAGGAAUUAAUGAUGAAAAAAAAAUUAAAAGAAUAUCUUAGUGACGAUGAAGAUGAUACAUCUGAUGAAGAUGGAAUGGAAGAAAAUGAUAACGACAGUUUAGGGACCAAUCAAGAUGCUUCAAAUGAUAAAUAUGAAAAUGCAAUAAAUCAAAAUGAACAUAUUAAAAAAAUAGUUGAUAAAAUUUUAAUGAUACGAAAGAAUCUCAAGGAAAAAGAACCAGAAGAUGAAUCACCAACAAGUACCAACAGAUUCUUUGAUCAAAAAAUAUUCUCUAACAUAUUUAGCCAGUUAAAUAAUGAUGAAAAUGGUGAAGAUGUUGAAAAUGAUGAAGAUGCUGAGGAAGAUGAAGAGAGUAACGACAGUGAUAUAAAAGAAGCUAACACAAAAAAUCUUCCCAAAAUACCACUACCUGCAAAACUAGCCAAAAAAGAGAAAAAUAAAAAAUUAAGAGAAAAAUACGGAAACAAUGAAACUAAGAUAAAAAAUGCAUCGUUUUCUAUAGUAAAAACAGAUACAAAUAAUUCUGAACAUAUUAAUAAUUAUUUUUCAAAUUUAGUUAAAGAUGAUGAUGAAUUAGCAUUUAUAAAAUAUAUAGGAGAAAAAUUAAUUCAUAAAAAAAGUAGAAUGGAUUUAAUUGAUGAUUCAUUUAAUAGACAUUCAUAUCUUGAAGACGAAGAUACAUUACCUGAAUGGUUUGUUGAAGAAGAAAAAAAAUAUAGAAAGCCAGUCAUACCAAUUGAUAAAACUGUAUUAGAUCAAUAUAAAAGUAAAAUUAAUAGAAUAACAAAAAUGCCUAUUAAAAAAGUUAUUGAAGCUAAAAUGAGAAAUAAAAAGAGAGAAAUUACAAAAAUGAAAAAAUUAGAAGCUAAGAUCGGAAGAAUUGAAAAAGAUGAAGAUGACCCAUUCUUAAAACAAAGAGCUAUAGCAAAUGUUUUGAAAAAGAACAAAUCAGAAAAAAAACGAGAAAAGUCAUAUGUUGUCUGCACUGGAAAAGGAUCUAAGAUGGCCAAGAAAAAUAAAAAGGGAGGAAAAACGAUGAUUAAGUUUGUUGAUAAGAGACUUAAAAAGGAUAAGAAAGCUAAAAAGCGUAUUGAAAAAAAGAAAAAAAAUAUGACAAGAGUUAAAUAUUCAAAAUCAAGACCAUUUAAAUUUAAAAAGUUUUUUUAA